AUGGGUCACCAUUCAUGCUGCAAUCAACAGAAGGUUAAGAGAGGCCUUUGGUCUCCUGAGGAAGAUGAGAAACUCAUUAGAUACAUUACUACUCAUGGAUAUGGAUGCUGGAGUGAAGUUCCAGAAAAAGCUGGGCUUCAAAGAUGUGGUAAGAGUUGUCGAUUGCGAUGGAUAAAUUAUUUGAGGCCUGAUAUUAGAAGAGGAAGAUUUACACCUGAGGAAGAGAAGUUAAUUAUAAGUCUUCAUGGUGUUGUUGGCAACAGAUGGGCUCACAUUGCAAGCCACUUACCUGGUAGAACAGACAAUGAAAUAAAAAACUAUUGGAAUUCAUGGAUCAAGAAGAAAAUUAGAAAAUCUUCAUCUUCUUCUUCUGCUCCUAAUUUAUCAUUUAAUACACCACAAACCAUUGAUCAUCAUCCUCAGUUCAAUUAUAGUUCCAAUCAACUAGAGAACUACUUUACCAACCAAGAAAAUAUAACAACAAAAGAAACCUUAUUUUCUUCGACAUGUCCUAUAUUUAUGUUUGACACAACAACAACAGCAACAGAUACAAAUGUAAUAAGACCAGAAGUGUUCUUCCAUGAUAACAUGAAUUUGAGCUCAGAAACAUGGAACUUGAAUCAUCAUCAUCAUAACCAUCAUCAAGUUCAGGCACUUCCUCCUCCUCAUCCAGCAACAACCGCGUAUACAACCAUCCAUGAUACUAGUAGUAAUUAUAACCUGCCACCAUUGAUAGAUAAUAAUGUGGACAACAUGGUGGUGCCAAUUGAUCAAGUGCAGUCUUGUAACAUGGAUGAAGAAGGAGAGAUAUUAACAUUGGAGUCAUUGCAGUUGCAGAGACAUGAGUUGAAUGAAUGGGUGGAAAAUCAACAGCAACAACAAUGUUCUAGCUUUCUUUUCUGGGAGAGUGUUGAAGAACCAAACUCAUCAAAUAUUAUGGGAACAAGUACAACAAAUUCUCUUUCUCCUUUUCCUUCUUCAUUAUUAUGA